UCCUUCACCCCCUCCGCCCGCUCUCUCACGCAAGGGAUCUCGGGUCGAGCGAAUUGAUAUUCAAAAUGGCGGAUGGAGCGUCCAAAGAUGAAAAGCCAGAAUCAAGAAUGAGCAAUCCGUCAGAGUCUAUCAAGCCUUCCUUGGAUGGCAGCGAAGGGAGCACAGUUGCUCAGACAAAUGGACUGGACUUCCAGCGGCAGCCCAUCCCAACAGGAGGCCAAAUCACAACAGCACAGGCCCAGGCCUUACUGCAGCAGGUUAACUACAUGUCAGAUGUGACGAACAGAUGCUUAUAUGUACAGCUUGCUGGAACAACUUUGCAGUCAACUGCUUCUCAAACAUUAAAUUUGCAGAAGAAAAUGGCCAUGGUUGCCAUGGCAAAUUUGAAUCCCCAAGACCAACAAUACCAAACAAAUGUAUCUCCAGAAACCGGCUGUUUACAACUCUGCACUGUAAAAAGUGAAGAAUCAGGAGAUUCUUCAUCCCAACAGAUAGUCCAGCCUUUACAGCAACCAUCUUUACAGACCACUCUACCACAGACCCAGCUAAUGCUUGCUGGAGGUCAGAUCACUGGGCUAACGUUGACAACAGCACAGCAGCAGUUGUUACUCCAGCAAGCACAAGCCCAGCUUCUGGCUGCUGCAGUCCAACACUCAGCAAAUCAGCAGCAUAAUGCCGCGGGGACCACCAUUUCUGCUACAGCAGCAACUCCCAUGGCCCAAAUACCCAUCUCGCAACCAAUCCAAAUACAAGACCUGCAACAGUUGCAACAGUUACAGCAACAAAACUUGAACCUGCAGCAGUUUGUUCUGGUGCAGCCAGGUCAUCCAAUUGCCACAAAUCUGCAACCAACGCAGUUUAUCAUCUCACAAUCGCCGCAGGGGCAACAAGGUCUCCUACAAGCCCAGAACCUUCUACAACAACUACCUCAGCAAAGCCAAGCCAACCUCCUGCAGUCUCAGCCAAGCAUCACCUUCAGCACGCAGCCAGCAACACCGACACGCACAACGAUAGCAACAACUCCUAUCCAGUCGGUUCAGCAGAGCCAGUCAACACCAAAGCGCGUAGAUACUCCUAAUAUAGAGGAGCCUAGUGACCUUGAGGAACUUGAACAGUUUGCCAAGACAUUUAAACAGCGACGUAUCAAACUCGGGUUCACUCAGGGUGAUGUAGGACUUGCCAUGGGAAAACUCUAUGGGAAUGACUUCAGCCAAACUACGAUCUCUCGUUUUGAAGCCUUGAACCUCAGCUUUAAGAACAUGUGCAAGCUUAAACCAUUGCUUGAAAAGUGGUUGAAUGAUGCAGAAAAUUUGUCAGUAGACUCUGCGCUGUCGAGUCCUAGUUCCCUGAAUUCUCCAGGUCUGGGAAUUGAAGGGCUGAGCCGCAGGAGAAAGAAACGCACCAGCAUAGAGACCAAUGUUCGAGUGGCCUUAGAAAAGAGUUUCCUGGAGAACCAAAAGCCUACCUCGGAGGAGAUCAUGAUGAUUGCCGACCAGCUGCAGAUGGAGAAGGAAGUGAUCCGUGUCUGGUUCUGUAAUAGACGCCAGAAAGAGAAACGGAUUAAUCCACCCAGCAGCAACAGCAGCUCUACCGCUUCUACCAAACAGAUUUUUCACAGCCCCACCACCAUGGUGGCCAGCACUAGUAACCUCGUGUCAAGUAGUACACCAACUACUCUGGCUGUAAAUGCAUUGCAGAUGCCUGUAUCCAGUGCUGGUGUGACCAGCUUCAGCAUUUCAGGUACAACUGCAUCAGGGACGGCCCCAACAAAUGUAGCCUCUGUAAUCACCGGCCUAGCUUCGUCAGUUUCCACAUCGGCAGUGACUUCUCCGUCCCUGACCCCUUCGCCAUCAGCAUCCAUCUCAGUGACGGAGGCUUCCAGCACCAAUGAUACACAUACCACGCAGACAACCUCAGCUGGCUUUAUAACCCCUCUGGGCGCGGGCCAAAUCAUGGUAUCAGCCCCCGGACUGCACACAGCUGCCACUGCGCUACAAGGAAUAGCCACGCAGAUACCCACUAAUGCUGGGCUUGCCACCAAUCCAGGCCUAGCCGCCAUGGCUGCUGCUGCAGGUCUAGCCAAUCCUGGCCUCAUGGCAGCCCCUCAGUUUGCAGCUGGAGGUGCCUUACUAAGUCUGAAUCCAGGGAGUCUUGGUGGUGCUCUCAGCCCAGCAUUAAUGAGUAAUAGCACACUGGCGACUAUUCAAGCACUUGCAUCCAGUGGGUCACUUCCUAUAACCUCCUUCGAUGCCAGUGGAAAUCUAUUGCUUGCCAAUGCAGCUCACCAAGGGGGCACUCCAAACAUUGUUACAGGCCCACUUUUUUUGAACCCACAGAACCUUUCCCUGCUCACCAGCAACCCAGCCGUAAGCCUGGUAUCUGCUGCUGGGGCAACUGGACAUACCGCCAGUCUCCAUAUGACCUCUGUGUCAGCUGAUUCCAGCCAGAACUCUUCGUUCACUGUGACCUCAGCAGGCGGGGCCACCAGCACCACCAAGGCUCAAUGAGAUGCGAUUCCCAGAAUGGGUCAACUGAUCCAGCGAUGGGAUGUGUAUUUGGCUGCUUCCAGCAAAAGCAAAACUGAUGUUUGCCUAAUUUUUUUUAACCUGCUUGUUUUUCAGGAUUGUGUCACAUAUGACAAAAAAAAGACUUCUACCAAAAAAGAAAACACGUGAAUAUUUAU